GUUGGCCUUGCGCCGAAUGGUAUCAUCAGGUUCUCUUCAUCUAUGGAAAAGAGAGAUGAAGAUCUCUACGCUUACGAGAACAAUGGCUCCGUUUUCUUCUUCUUCUGCUGAGAUUAAGAUCGCGAGAACGGCUCCGUUUUCUUCUUCUGCUGAGAACAAAGGGAACAGGCAGAUCAACGGAGCUUCUUCUUCUGCUUCCUCUUGUGAUGCUGAGAAUGCAAAGAGUGGCGGAUCUCGUCAGCUCGGCAAAGCAGCUUACAUGGAAGGCAAACAUGUAGAUGCUCUCCAGAUCUUUAUGUGGAUGCAUAGAAAGGAGAUGAGUUUCUCUACCUCUGAGGUUGCACUCUUUGUGGAUAUCAUUGGUAACACUAUCGGCAUAGCUGCUGCUCACUCCUACUUGAAGAAAGUAGACCCAAACUGCGACCAAAUGCACAAUCGUACCGAGAAUUGGCCUGCUUUCGUGUCUCUCGUGAAGUUGGAGACUAAGCUGUUAAAGGAAAACGGGAUAGUUCACGCUACUCGCCCUCCCAAGUGAAUGAUUAACUAUUAAUUUGGUCUGUGUCUGUGUCUGUGUGUGCGCGCUUUCUUAUGUACUCUUUGUCUUCUCUUUUCAUUUCAUCUAUUGUCGAAUACCUUUUCAUGUUAUAAGCCUCUGAAUUUAUUAUGUAUCUCUUCUUAACUGGGUGACCUCUUCAUGUUUUGCUUUGAAAUAACAAUAAGCCUUUGAAUUAUGUAUAUCUCUUCUUU